CGAAMCCUGUACUAUCUAUCUGUCUCGUUACAGUCCAAAAAGUUUGACUCAGGAACGCCCCCACUCGCACUUAUUCAUUUAGGAAUUGAAUAACAAAUAAUCAUCUAUCAUACUGUAGAGCAAUUUGAUCGGAUUGAAUUAGAAUUAAGUUGAAUCUGAUCUAAUUGAGUCGAGUCGAGUCGAGUCGAAUCGAAUCGAAUCGCAACUCAAAGGGAAACUCAUCGAAAAGAAAUUAGCAUGACACCUUCCAACAUUGCUGCUACUGCGCAUAAAAAGUGCUAUUGUGGACCAUGCCGCGCCCUUGUUUACCUUACGAUGACUAUUUUGGCGAUGGAGGUUCUUAACGCCUCGUUUGUUGGGGCAAUGGGGGCUAAAAACGAAAAUCGGGAAGCAYACAACCAGCUGCCAAAGAACCAGACWAGAGCGACAGCGUCAAGAACAAAUGCGACUAGUGGCUCGCAUCAUCCCUAUCCGGCUUCCAAACCCGAACACCAACCCUCCGACAGGUUUCCGGGAAUCUACAUACUGGAGUACACCUACCAUCAUCAAAGUAUUGGAAACGCGCCCUUGAUGACGGCGCUAAGUCGUACGACAUCAACUAGAAUGGGUGUAACAAGACCCACGGUGCUACAGAGAUUGGAUGUCCUGCGCGUCGAAUGUCACGGCAGCCAUCAUAUUGCUCUUGAACYUGACAUAGAACGAAACAACAAAAAUGCUGMUACUACUAGCGAACCAGCUUUGGGUUCCAAUCGCAGUCCUCUUUCCGGGAGAUGUGAAGGACAAGUGUUGGUGCAUAGUCGGGACGAGUACGAAGAAAUUACCACUAUGUGCCAUCGCGAUCGAAUGCAGAAGCACAAGGGUUUGGAUUUCGACUGUACAAUCCRUUACAAUGCGACCCUAACGGAGCACUGGAUUGAUCCGAGGUUGAGAGUGGCAGCCCUUGCGGGCACCGCAACGAAUAGUAACAACGGUGAGAUACAAUCACCGUUAAAACGGCUACGAAGGACGGCCGAAAAAGAGAGCAUCGCGAAGGGAAGAUACGACACCGGCGAAACCACCAUCAGCGACUUCCAAGAGGAAGACCAACGACUCGAUGAUGCUUCGACUUCUGCGAUGCAUCUCAACACGGAACAACCACCGAAACGGGCCCAGGUAUACGACUAYAAAUCUAACAUGUACUCGACCAUUCCCGAGCACGAUUGCUAUCUCGACUACGAGGGGACCAUUUCGUGGAUCAAAGAUUUUGUCAAGGCGCAUGCGUCGUCCGCUUUGCUGGAAAUUACCUGGAGCGAUAUUGGUGACUCGUGGAAGAAGACCAAGGAUCCAAACGACGGUUACGAUAUCUUUGCACUCACCAUCACUGGAAAGGCAGCAACCCCCGACUUUGAGGAGUCGUCUUCGUCGUCCUCAUCAAAGUUUGAGGAGUUGUUUGGAAUCAAUGAAAACGGUGCCUCUGAGAACCAGUCAUCAGAAAGCUACGAGAACAUUUUACAAAAGAACACMAAAAAAGGUAAGGCUCCUCUUUUGCUUGUGUCCUCCACACACGCACGGGAAUACACACCACCCGAGUUGGUGCGGCGCUGGCUGGAUUUCCUCGUAGAUACUGUAGUUAGCGGCAUCCACAGCGAGGAGAGGACCGACGCUCUAUCCAUGCUGGAACACACAGUUAUUCACUGGAUCCCAUACCUCAAUCCCGACGGUCGCGUCCUGGCCGAAACUACCCAACCCUUCCGCCGAAAAAACCUCAAUAGCGAAUGGACGUUGGAUCCCCGUGAAUCCUCCGUCUGCCCCGAGGAUUCGUACGGAGUCGACCUCAACCGAAACUUCCCCUUUGAGUGGGGGAAUGACAAUGGAUCUGACGAAAUAGCCUGCUCGCCAUUUUCGAGGGGAUCUGGUCCAGCCAGUGAACCAGAGACAAUCGCACUGGUAGAAUACGCAAAAUCGAUCUUUCCGAUCGCCCAACAGGUGGGGAGCAACGCAGUCCUGCACAGCGGGGGAGACUACAGAAUCGUACAUGAUCCUACCAACAGUGUCCCCGCGGAUACAUCUUCAACAAAAUGGAGAGGAUUCGAUCCAUCCUUCACGAAGGGCGUCUUCGUCGACGUCCACAGCUAUGGGAAGGUCUACAUUUAUCCCUGGGGUAAUACCAAUGCACAGUCUCCCAACGAUGUUUCCUUUCGGUCGGCAAUGGGUCACAUCGCUUCCCUCACGGGCAACGCGCCGCUCGGGCCCGGCCCGGACCACUAUGGUGUCGCCUCAGGGGCAACCGAUGACUGGGCUUAUGCGAGCCUCGGCGCAUUUUCCAUGACAUGGGAGAUUGGAAGGAACUUUCACGAAGACUGUGGGGACUUUGAGACUGACGUUGUAGACCCCCAAAGGCACUUUCGUUCCUUCGCCUACUUGGCCAAGAUUGCCCCAUUCCCCUUUGCUCUCGGUAAAGGACCGAUCGUUUCCCAACCUUCCGAUGGGCUGCUGCUCGGUGUAGGAAAUGAAGUGCACAUAUAUUAUCAGUAUACAGGCACUGCUGCUACUACUGCCACCAACAAUCAAUUCUAUCAUCGUGCGAAUGUACACGACAACGAAUCCAACGACGACGAGGUGCUGGAUAGGAAUGCCUAUACUGCUACAGCCCUUAAUCAUGGCAGCAACKCUACUAAUAUUGAAAAGCAGGUGGUUCGGGUCRAAUCCUACCCCAAAGAGGCCUACACUGUCGAAGCCGAUCUGGACGCAGACGAAACAAUCGCCAUUGCUAUUGAAGUAAAAUUACCAGAACGGAUCCCUCAACAUUUCGAACCGAUCGAGUUUGAAACUGAUAACGAUGACGAAGAGGAAGAUGACAGUCAUUCUUCCAUUCCCCCUUCCUCAAUCUCCAUCAUUCGUAUCUUUUAUCGGAAGAAUCCACUCGUCGGAGCCAAWGAAUAUGGCAGUGGGGUUGUUCCAUCUCUUAGUGACGGACAGUAUUAUUGGGACCUGYCCUUUGAUUCUUCCAAGGACGACCACGACACCUUGUAUGUUGGAUAUCUAACCAAGAGCCAGCUGUGGGAGGCGUUUGGUUCGAACGACGAAGAAAAACUGCCAAAAAGAAAACCACCAGCUCAAACCAUGCACACGCUCUACAUCCAAGCAAUGGAUAAUGCCGGAAAUUGGGGUCCCGUAACGGGAACCAAAUUGACGGUCGUGAUUAUGGAGGAAACCAAGGACAUAUAUGAAAAGGAUACUUAUCCUUACAAUAACAAUCAUACGAUCGACGACUGGGAGUUGGAUGACUUUUUCGGACCCAUCCUUGGCGACGAAACAACGGCAGGCCAUUCGGUAACCGCAACGACUGCUCCAGCGGCAGAUAGCCAAUCUUCAGCAUCCUCGAACGAUGAUUCAGACGUUGCAAAUCACCAAAGCAGCAACAGUGACUCUACGUUCCCCUCCGCUGAAGCCAAGAGCGCUCCUGGAUCCGAAUACGACGUAGGAAUGGACGAUGCCUUCUUACACGAGGAGCAAGAGAAACAGAAAGAUAUUGAUAAUGACGAGAAGGAACCAGAGGAGAUCGGCGAAGAGGAAAAGAUUAGGUCCAAUGCGCAUGCCUCUGGUUCUCUUAGUCGUUAUCAUUAUGUCAGCGUAAUUCGGAAUUGGCAAGGGAUGAAAAGCCAGUCUGUUUCUAGUUUAGCUGCAGUCGUCUUGAUACUGUUAUAUUAAAAACCAAAUCUGAUGCAYAUGGAUCAACCAGCGAACAGAACAAAAUCUAUCUAUGACGAAAGUGUAUCUUAUCUUGUUAUCAAAGUUGAACAGUAAAGUACGUCCAGCAGUGGUCCAAAUAGUAAUGAAACGAGAAUGGGUUAGGGGUCAAAGGCUCUCAAUGUAAUUGGUCGAAAUGAUACAGAAACGCCACGGCUUUACCAAAAUAGUAGGGUGUUUUAACGUACUGCAAUUAUGAGUCAUGGUUCUUUUGCAGUGUCAAAGGUUCAACGCUGGCACUGCAACCACGUAUCUAAUCAUUGUCAUGCAUAUAAAAUGCAUUCAAGUGUUUCAUGGACAAGUCAAAAACUAAUUCAGAUACUACUAUCAGUGCAUCAAUAAGCAUGAAGACAAAAAAAAUGCAAUGUUUUACUUGAAAAGGGUUAUUCCUUUUUUACAGACAUCAUAUUAUAGUUCAAUAACCUUCAGCAAUACUA